UUGCAUUCAAGUAUAACAAGGAUUUUCCUCCUGAAGAACAAAUGGUGACAUGUGAUCCAGAAAUUCUCACUAUGGAUAUUACCAGUGAUAUUGAGUUCCUCAUCAUAGUAAGUGAUGGUAUCUGGACUUGUCUGACAAGUCAGGGUGUGGUUGAUUAUAUACACUUCUACUUAAGACCAGGGAGGACUGAUCCGCGCACCAUCUGUCAGAAACUUUGUGAUCGUUGCGAGGUAUCGGGCGACAACGUGACCGUCAUACUGCUUCAGUUCAAGGACGCCCUGCCACCCGCACCAGAAGAGAACUUGCCCGGUGACGCCGCCAACAACAGGAACGUCGCCCGGCCACCCGCUCCAGCAGGGAACUUGCCCGGUGACGCCGGCAACAACAGGGACAACGCCGCGCCACCCGCACCGGAAGUGACAGAGGAACACGAGGACAAGGAGCCUGAAGGCGGCGAAGAGGUGCCCCUCCUGCGUGGUGAUGCGAUAACGGAUGCUUGAUGGUCGCGGCAGAGUUUUUGAGUUCCGUGGCAAGAGAAGAAAGCUCCUGGGAUUUGUAGGUUCCGCUAGAGCGCUGUUUCCCUUUUCUUCCCCCCUCGUCGUCCAAGACAGACAGAGUUGGUGUGACGCCACCGCGUAGGAUGAUGCUACCGUUUUAGUCGUUUCCUCUUGAACUAGUAGUGUAAUUCUGAUGCCUGGGUACGGUUCCAGUUCCACGGGAUGGAGAUUUUGCUUGAGAACAACAUGAGUUCAC